AUGACCCGGAAAUUACGGGGAAAUGAUACAAAUAAUUUUUGCAAGCGAAUGCAAAAAACCGCAUUCCGAUCCGACUUGCACGGAAAAACCCAGGAACUUUUUGCUUCAUUGCUUCGACUAAUAGUUGUUGAAUUUGAUUCACGCCAAUUCCGCGACAUAGUUUUAGCUUUGGCUAAACAGAAGAAACGUACGUCAAACGGUCCAGGGCUAAAGAUCGACGAUGUUGGAGCUACUGUUUUUAUUAAUGAGCAUCUUACUCCCGCCAACAAAACUUUGUUCAGAGAAGCUCGUCAAUGGUCUAAAGAUAAUGAUUUUAAAUAUGUAAGUAUGGGUCGAAAACGGAAACAUAUUAAUGCGUAA